UGCUGGGGCAGUUGCUGCAGCUGUGGCCAGAACUGCUGUUGGGGAUUUUGCGGUUGCUUUUGGCCAGAACUGCUGUUAGGGAUUUUGCGGUUGCUUUUGGCCAUGGCUUUCAGGUUGUCUUUGAUGUGCCUUGCUGUCUUGAGUGGAGUAUGUGGUCAACAUCAACAAGGGCCGAAGCCUCCAACAAUGGACAGUGGAUCUACGUUGUCCACGAAUGCCCUCCCUGUAGUACUCAUAGGAGAUAAAGUGCAUUACAAUGAACCAUCUCUAGAUCAAUCAACUGGAAGUGGGGUAGGAGGGUCCCAGACAGCUUCAGCAGCAUGGGAAAAGCCACAGGGAUCAGUAAGCCAGCAGAGGGAUACAAAGCCCCAGGCCCCAACAUACAACCAGAGACCCUCGGCUGUAUACGACCAGAAUCCCCAGCCGUACGACCAGAAGCCCCAGGCCCCAGCGUACGCCGUGAAGCCCCAGGCGCCAGCGUACAGUGAGAAGCCCCAGGCGCCAGCUUACGACCAGAGGGAGCCCCAGGCCCCAGCGUACAACCAGAAGCCCCAGGCGCCAGUGUACGCCGUGAAGCCCCAGGUGCCAGCGUACGACCAGAGGCAGCCCCAGGCCCAAGCUUACGACCAGAGGGAGCCCCAGACGCCAGUGUACGCCAAGAAGCCCCAGGCCCCAACGAACAGUGAGAAGCCCCAGGCCCAAGCGUUCGCCGAGCCCCAGGUGCCGGCGUACGACCAGAGGCAGCCCCAGGUGCCGGCGUACGACCAGAGGCAGCCCCAGACGCCAGCGUAUGGCGAGAAGCCCCAGGCGCCAGCGUUUGACCAGAGGCAGCCCCAGGCCCCAGAAAAACAGCAGUGGUCUCUGAUGUCCCAGGCCCAAGCCUACGACCAGAAGCCCCAGGCGACAGCAUACGCCGAGAAGCCCCAGGCCUCAGUGUACGCCGUGAAGCCCCAGGCCUCCGUGUACGACCAGAAGCCCCAGGCGCCAGCGUACAGUGAGAAGCCCCAGGCGCCAGCGUACGACCAGAGGCAGCCCCAGGCGCCAGUGUACGCCAAGAAGCCCCAGGCGCCAGCGUACAGUGAGAAGCCCCAGGCGCCAGCGUACAGUGAGAAGCCCCAGGCGCCAGCGUACAGUGAGAAGCCCCAGGCGCCAGCGUACGACCAGAGGCAGCCCCAGGGGCCAGCGUACAACCAGAGGCAGCCCCAGGCGCCAGCGUACAACCAGAAGCCCCAGGCGCCAGCUUACGUCGAGAAGCCCCAAGCCCCUGCAUACAACCAGAGGCAGCCCCAUGUCCCAGAAAAAACGCAGUGGUCUCUGAUGUCCCAGGCCCAAGCGUAUGCCCAGAGGGAGCCCCAGGCGCCAGCUUACGCCCAGAAGCCCCAGGCACCAGCGUACGCCCAGAAGCCCCAAGCCCCAGCGUACGCCCAGAAGCCCCAAGCCCCAGAAAAACAGCAGUGGUCUCUGAUGUCCCAGGCCCAAGCGUAUGCCCAAAGGGAGCCCCAGGCGCCAGCGCACGACCAGAAGCCCCAGGCCCCAGCGUACGCCAUGAAGCCCCAGGCCCCUGCGUACAACCAGAAGGUGCCCCAGGCCCCAGCGUAUGACCAGAGGCAGCCCCAGGCCCAAACGUACAACCAGAGGGAGCCCCAGGCUCAGGCGUACACCCAGAAACCCCAAGCCCCGGAAAAAAAGCAGUGGAUUCCGAUGUCCCAAAUGUAUGACCAGAACCCCCAGUCGUACAACCAUAGACCCCAGUCCCCACCGAAGCAGCAGUGGUCUCCUCCGAUGCCCCAGGCCCCAGCAUCCGGCCAGCAGUCCCAGGCCCAAGCGUACGACCAGAGGCAGCCCCAGGCCCAAGCAUAUGCCCAGAGGGAGCCCCAGGCCCCAGCAAAACAGUGGUCUGUCAUGCCCCAGACACAUGCUCAGAAGCCCCAGGCCCAAGCGUACACCCAGAAGCCCAAGGCCCCAACAUACAACCUGAGACCCUCAGCUGCAUACGACCAGAAUCCCCAGCCGUACGACCAGAAAGUCCAAUCUCCACCGAAGCAGCAGGGGUCCAAGAUGCCCCAGGCUCAAGCAUACGACCAGAGGCAGCCCCAGGCCCAAACGUACAACCAGAAGCCCCAGGCUCAGGCGUACGCCCACGCCCAGAAACCCCAAGCCCCGGAAAAAACGCAGUGGAUUCCUAUGUCCCAAAUGUAUGACCAGAAACCCCAGUCACACAACCAGAGACCGCAGUCCCCACCGAAGCAACAGUGGUCUCCGAUGCCCCAGGCCCCAGCAUCCGGCCAGCAGUCCCUGGCCCAAGCGUACGACCAGAGGCAGCCCCAGACCCAAGCGUACAACCAGAGGCCCCAGGCGCAAGAAAAACAGCAGUUGUCUCUGAUGUCCCAGGCCCAAGCAUACGCCCAGAGGAAGUCCCAGGCCUCGGCAUACGCCCAGAGGAAGUCCCAGGCCCCAGUGUAUGCCCAGAGGCAGCCCCAGGUCCAGGAAAAACAGUGGUAUCCAAUGCCCCAGGCCCAAGUGGAUGAGCAGAAACCCCAGACCCCAGCAAAGCAACAGUGGUCUCUGAUGCCCCAGACCUACAAUCAGAAACCCCACGCCCCAGCAUAUGACCAGAGGCAAUCCCAGGCCCCAGCGCACGACCAGAGGCAACUCCAGCCCCGGGUGUUCAACCAGAAGCCCCAGACCCAAGCGUUCAACCAGAAGCCCCAGGCCCAAGCGUACGACCAGAGGCAGCCCCUGAUGACCGAAGCCUCAUGGAACCAGAACCCCCAGGCUGCCACAAGCCAGCAGUCAGCCCCAAUGAGGCAGCAACAGAUGCCGGUGUCCCAGGUUCCAGAACAGAAGCAGUGGGCUCAACCCCAGGCCGCAGUGCACCGUGGACCUCAACUGUACCCAACGCAUGCAGCUGGUGGCUAUUCUGCAAACUCUGGUGAUGGUACUAGAUACAUAACCCCUGCUUCAUCAGGUAAAAAACGCUACAUCACAGUCACUGCACCAUCAGGUCUCCAGGCCCGCUAUGUGGUGAAGUCCUCUAAUCAGUAUGUACGAGGAAAGAGGGUCUUUUCCCAAACCACCUACAUCCCUCUGGAUGCUCAACCUGCUAAUGCUCAACAGAACACUAAAGCUGUGCACACUGGAAGGGAUUCUGCUGCCAAGAAAGGAUGAGGCUACCUGGUGCUGGUCUAUUUUUUUGACUAAGGUUACCAUGGAAAUGAAAAAAUGCAAUAAAGAGCUGCAUGAAAUGA